AUGGAUAUUGGGAGUUAAGGCAGAAAGAGUGUGAAAAAUUUGCAUUAAAUUCCCCCAGUAUUUCGACUUCAGACUCUGCAAUAACAUCAUUAGGCAUAAUUGAAAAACUUGAAUAUCGUCUAAAUUUAAUUACUUCCUCCCAAAGCUAUUAAAAAGUAAUUGGCUACUGAAAGGCAGAGUAAGGACAGAUCACUAGAUAAAUCCUCUAAAUUCAGCAAGAAACUUUAACUUUUGACUUAACAUCAAUAGGAAUUCAGAGUUACAUCAGAAACUCUUGAAAACAAAUUAGUAAUCAUUGACCACAAAAAUAUUAGUGACAUCCUACUUUCAAUAUAAACCCUUAAGAAGAUUAAUUCUAGUCAGCUGAAAAAGAUGCUAGAAUUGAUAUAAAAUUGCUCAACUAACGAAUAAGCAUUCCAAUUUUUCAAUUAUUUACAGUCAUCUAAAUGGAGUCAAAUCAAGUAUUGGAUGCUCAAUCUAUAAAGCAAAACUAGCAGAAGAAUCAUAAUAGAAAUAAUAAGUGAAGUUAUUUAGAGAGCAUCUGAUGAAUCUAAAGGAAUAAGUUUAGAUAAAGACUAAGAUUAAAAGAUAUUAUAAUAAGAAAAGGUUUAGUCAUAGCUAAAAACAGCUCGGGUACCUAGAAUUCCUCUUGGAAACAUAACUAAUACUUUUAAUCCUCAGCCAUUGCUCUAGUAAAGUAAUUCAAUGAGAUAGAGAUAAGAUUCUGGGGAUAAAGAAAAUUAAUGCAAUAUCCCCACUAUCUCAAACAAAUAAUAAUCGAUUAGCACCAGUUAAAGCUAUUCUACAUUACCGAAGUAGAAUAUUCAAAAAUCAUAUUUUACUAAGGAACACCUUUUUAGUAUCAUAUUUUCGAAAGACCUGGUUGAAUUACUGAAACAUUAUUCUAUGACUAUAGAUUUGAACUCUCCAAAAAAAGAAUUAUUGAGAUAAGAUUGUAUUUUGGUAUCUAAAAUUAUGUUUCAGAUCGCAGAUUCUAUUCUUAUGUACUAUAAGAAACAAAACUUAUAUGAUUAAUACUCCUUCACAUACAUAAAAAAUGGAAUAUUCCCAACCCUCAUUACCCUCUUAAAGAUAGCUGAGUUCAAUUUUGAAACAAUGUCAGUGGAUGAGUAAAAAUAUAUAUCAAGAUGCUUAGAAUUCUGUUCUACACACUCAGAAGGUCUUAAUCUAAUAUAUACAAAUAGAGAAAUGGUCUUCUAUAUCUUAAAAAGUUUCAUGAAAGAGAAUGUUAAUGAAACGUAAGUACUUUAUGCUACAGCCACUGUACUCCUUGACCUUACAGCUAAUGAGGAUUGCUUGGAAAAGGUAGCUCAGCUUAUGAGAGACCACAAUCUUUUGGAAUUUGUUUACAAUAAACUGAAUAAUUUCAUUCGAUUAAAUCCCUAGGAUAGUUAAUACUAAAAACUAAGAGAUUUGUUUAUUGGCAUCUUAUUGAAUUUAGCUUGCAAUGUAGAAAAUCAGCAAAUUAUUAGCGAAAUGAUUUUGGGCACUCAAAAUUAUAAACAAGGAGUGCUACCUUUACUGACUAUGAUACUAUUGGAUUCAAGACAUGACUGGCCAACAAAUGGUGCUGCUCUAGCUUUACUCCAAUAUUGUCAUCAAGGACUCUAACAAGCAGAUAUCUAUGAAGCAAUAUAGUAGGCAAAGAUUAAAGAAAUAGCAUAAAUGUUUAUAGAGAAAUGCAACAGCAAGGAUGCUAAGAAACAUCUAUAUGAAAUCCUUACAAUUCUGGAAAUAUGUGGCAAAAAGAUGGAUUCAAUUACUUUGAUUUUAAAGACCUAAGUGUAUGCUAGCUGUGCAUGA